CGGACGAAGAAUAAACAUAAUUAUAAACAAUACUCGCAUUGAAUAACUCUAUGAGGAAAAAUAGGUUAGGACCAUAAUGCUGUUCAUGCAAAGAGUCCAAUAUUUCUUGUUUUAUCAGUUUAUAAUUUUUAUCAAAUAAAAUUAUUACGCUUAUGUAUUCGGAACGACAAAUGAAAAAAGGCAUUUUUUUCGGAACAAUUAAAUGUACGUCAAUUCUGACAGCUAUAAUCACGUACCGGUAUUGAAGUAAGUUCACAAUGGCGUCUGUUGCAAGAUUGGAGGUGUGUUUGGAUAAUAGUGCGGACGGAAAAUACGUCACGGGACAAACUGUGCGAGGGAAACUCGUAUUGGUUCUGCGACGGAGUAUGAAAAUACAAGGCAUAGAAAUCAAGGUCAAGGGACGUUGCAUGGCUGAAUGGCGGGAAAUCGACCCAAACACCGGAGAAGAACGACAGCUGUACGAACAGGAAGACUAUAUUAACCAGAAAAUACCCAUACUAGGGAAAGAAUUAAACCAAUCGGUUGUCAACGGAAGUGACGUCACGCCCCACGUGGAGUUCAUCGAUUCUGGAACGCACGUGCAUAGCUUUGAGUUCGACUUAGCAGACGACAUUCCAUCCUCGUUUGAAGGGAUACACGGCUAUGUUCGUUACUGGAUCAAAGCCAAAAUUGUCGGUGUCUGGGGCUUACUCGACCAAUCCGGUAAAGUGGAAUUUCCGGUAGAAAGGCAGUUGGAUCUGAAUCGUAUACCAGGUGCUAUGGAACCCGCCGAGGAUGAAGAUUCUUGUGUAAUGUGCGGAUGUUGCCUGAAUCAGGGAUCCAUUUCGGCUUUCAUGCGAAUUAACAGGCGCGGUUUUACUCCUGGACAGUCAAUUGUAUGUGACGCAGAGGUAUUUAACGGAAGUGACGUCACAAUAUUGUCAUCGAAAAUAAAAUUAUACAAGAUUAUAACGUACGGCGACUCGCCCAUGGAAUCGAUUACACGAGAAAAGGUCACCAUAUGCGAGAUAAUACGAGGGAAAGUGAAAUCCGGACGAAGGGAGCUCUAUGAGCAGGAGUAUCUAGUUUUACCGACUUCACUUCACGUGACGUCAUUGCCAGGAUGUUCACUAAUUGACGUUGAUUAUGUUGUCGAGUUGAAGGUAACCUCAUCUCAGGAACGUCUGCACAUUCGGCUACCAUUGUUGGUUAUCGUGGGAACAGUUCCGUUGUCUGGUUCCAUCGAUGCGACUGCUCCAGACCCGGCAAUAAGGGCAGAAGGUCAACUGUCAAUUAAUCCAUUUAUCGACCAAGACGUUUCUAUGGCACCGCCUACCACCAAUAUUCCGCCAAUGGCAACCGAGCUUGACGAAUUGUAUCCACCAAUCAGCGACAAGAAUGCCUUGAUGUCGUCAGAUAAUGACGAUGACGACGGAUCCCAUCAAAGCAUCAGGGACGCUACUUCCCCUGAAGUUGAACAAAGCGUUUUAUCCAUUGUGAAACGGGAGAAAAGCUUUCAUGAAUUAUAUAUGACAAAACGUCGGCCUAGAGUUGUGAAAAUCAAAGCCGCAAUACACGAAGGAAUAGCAAAUGAGGGGGCGAGUUUCGACGAAGAAGACGAACUUUAACGACCAGUCCGCUUUAAAUAACCGACGAUUUCAAUAAGUUAAUCUUACGGAGCAUUCCAUAAAAACAAAGACCUAUCAAUAUACAAUGUAUAUUGAUAGGUCUUUGAUAAAAAGUCGAUGAAUCUUUAGUGUUGAAACACUUAUCCUCUUGAAGAACUCGCCACAUCUCGGAAUUGCACGGAACAUUUAGCUUAAUGUAUACCGUGUUGUCAUCAUUCGUGACUCAUCGUGGUUGGCUCCUUAAAAUAUAAAUAUAAAAAGAAAAUGAUUUAUUAAUUGUUCAUACAUACAAUUAAUUUAUAAAUUAUAAUUGACAGAAACUUUUUUUUAAAGUAUAACAAAGAUUGCAGUAAUUUUAACCCGGGCCCUAUGGAUCAAACGGCAGGAACCUUAACCAAGUACUAGUGUAUGUACUCAAGCAAACAUUUGUACCUUAUGUAACCGUACCAUGUACGUGUUGCCACGAGGUUUAAUGAAAACAUCAGAAGCAUUCCGAAUUAUUCCAUCGUAUCGCGUUUCAAACCUGUUUGUCAAUUUGACCCAAAAAUAAUUAUUUGAAAUUGUU